AUGGUCCGAUCGAGACGUUCGGUCCGGCCGAUUAGGAAGCGCGCCUUCGAGUCCGCGCCGCUGCGGACUCGCGAAGGGAGGCGGGAGCUCCGGUGGGGCAUGCAAGCAGCAGGCGCCGUGGUGGCGGCCGCGGCCGCGCCGCCCGCACCGCCCGCGCCCGCGCCGCCGCCUCAAAACAAAGAGUUCAACACGGCUUCUUUGUGCAAAUUUGGCCAAGAGACAGUUCAAGAUAUUGUAAGCAGAACCCAAGAUGUCUUCCAAACCUUGAAAGCCAUUCAACCACCCAAUGGGACUCAGCACGGUGAAAAUGCUAGCAAUGAUAAAAAAGCCAAGAUGCAGGAACAGCUACGUACUAUCAGGCUUCUAUUCAAGCGGUUACGACUUAUUUACGAGAAGUGUAAUGAGACUUGCCAGGGAAUGGAGUAUACUCACAUGGAAAGUCUGAUACCAUUGAAAGAUGAAGCUGAAAACAAAACUCUGGAUGAGAGGAGGAACACCGAAUCCUACAGGCUCGCGCUGGAAGAAAACAGAGAGCUGACUGAGCAGGUGGUGCUGAAGAAUAAACAGUUAAAAGAAGUGAUAACUAAUCUACGGACAAUAAUAUGGGAGAUCAAUGUAAUGUUGACUAUGCGAAGAUCGUAAAUUAGUGAUAGUGUUAUAUUUAGUGACAUUUUAUGAUAAAACUUGAAGUCAUCUGGCAAUUUUUGUUGCCUUUUUUCUAAAAUGGCGGCUCUGCAUGUCAAUAUCAGUGGUUUAAUAACAUUGUUUUAUUAUUUAUUUUCCCUAUAAAUCUGUAAUCUUUGUCUACGUUAAUUAAAAAUCUUAUGUUCCAUUCAUCAUCCACUUUCUGUUGUUAACGUGAAUAGGUAUUAUUUGUAAAUAAACUUUAAUAUUAAGAGUA